AUCCUAACCCCUUUUCUCUUCUCUGCUUUGCCUUCUUCUUCUCUUCAUCUUCUUCCUCUGCUUCUUUUCCAUGCCUCUUCUCCUCCUUAACAAACAAGACUUAAAACAACAACAACUUCUUGCUGUCAUGGGUCUCUUGCUUUCUAGGAACUUGGCUUGCAAAUUCUUGUACUCUUUUCUGUUCUCAGCCAAGAAAGCUUCUCCGGAUUUGUUCCCAAAACAAUUGGAAAACGUCAUGUCUUUGGUGUCCCCUCGAACUGGGAGGCAUUUGCAGCGUUAUGAAAAGGGUUGUCGCCUUGUUGUAGGAUGCAUUCCCUACAGAUACAAGAAUAAUGGAACACAGGACAAAGAAAUAGAGGUUCUUGUGAUUAGUGCUCAGAAGGGCAAAGGAAUGCAGUUCCCAAAGGGUGGUUGGGAGACUGAUGAAUCCAUGGAGCAAGCUGCUUUAAGGGAAACCAUAGAGGAAGCUGGUGUUUUUGGCAACAUUGAAAGUGAAUUGGGAAAAUGGACCUACAAGAGCAAAAGGCAACCCACAAUUCAUGAGGGAUACAUGUUCCCUAUGCUUGUUAGCAAGCAAUUGGAUAAUUGGCCAGAGAUGAACUUCAGAAAAAGAAGAUGGAUGACUGUGGCUGAAGCAAAAGAAAUCUGCCCUUAUGAUUGGAUGAAGGAGGCUUUGGAUAUAUUGGUUCAAAGACAAACUCAAUUGUAGAUUGCAAAAUUUGUAGGCAUCACUUGCUUUUUUGGAACCUGCAAAGGUGUGGAAGAGCAAGAAAUUAGAAAGGGGAUCUGAGAGUUUUGGAGCUGAUUGAGUCAAAAUUGAUGAUCAACUUGGGAAACUACAACUUAUGCAACUUGCAAUUUGUCCCUUGCAGUUUGUUUUCUUUCUUUAGAUAUCCGUGUUGGCACAGUCAAAAUCAAAGAUUUAAAUCGAAUGUAGAAUGUAGAAUGUAGAAUUAGUUGAGAGAUGUAGUAAGUAGAAAUGUACAAAAUGCAAUUCAUUUUUUUAUUCAUUUGAUUCUUUUUGUAAGAAUGACAAACAAAUAAUUGAAAGUGUAACAAAACACUUCUGUCAAA